AUGGCCUUUGGGUUUGGUGUUGGCUGGCUGGUGGUUUUCACCUCUCCGUCUCUGCUGCUGGUCUUUGAGAUCGCUGCCGAUCGGUGCGAGUGUCAUGCUUGUUACCAUCGGAGCUGCUUCAGGACCGGGAGCGACUGCCCCCGAUGCUGCCGGCUGGCCGAGCGCAGGGAGAGAAUGGCGCGCAAAAACAUGGAGGAGCAGGAGGACGAGGGGGGCGGGACUUAG